GAUUGACGUGGCAACAGUAACCCAGGGAGGCGGGGCUAAUCUUGUUGUUGUUGCUGUUGGAAACGGUCGCGCCAGCAAUGGCUGCUCAAUGAAAUCAUUCAUAGGAUCCUCUACAGCAGACAUGAUUGGACUUCUUCGCCACAUUUACGGCUUUUAAUUUUUAGGAUUGUUGUUCCAGAAUGAAUUUGUCUAUAGUUCAUCAGAAUGCCAGCAGGUCAAAGUGAUGUGAGAGCUAAGACGAAAGCUCGCUUUGACGAGGUGUUGAAGAGAUACACAAACCCUCCCUCUGAGAAAAAGAAAGCAAAACAGAUCUCUGACCAGUCCCAGGAAAUUAUUGUGCUUCAGACCUUGAAGAAGAACCUAGAUUUGAGUAAAGACACUGAAGAUGAUGAAGCUAUCCUCAAUAACACAUAUGAUCCAGCUCAGGGCAGUCCUAGAUACACCAAAAACAGGCGAAGAGAGAGAGAAGCAUCUGCAAAGACCAACAUAAACAAUGCUGUAAGUGAGGAGGAGCCCAGCGGGAAAAAGAAAAGCAAAAGGAGGCUACCACAGCCACCACCCCCUGUUCAAAAUGAAGAUGACAACGACAGGAGGACUGAUUCAGAAAUCGAUGGAAAACAUUAUAGGAAGACAAAGAAAGAGAAGGAUAAAGGUGGAAAGGAUGUCAGUCGACAGAAGAAGACAGAGAGGGAAGAUGAUUAUUUACAGGCGUACCAACAUCAGAUCUCACAGGAGGAAGAGACCGCUGGAAAGAAGACGGCACGGAAGAAAGCUGUAGAGAAGUUUACAGAGAGCCAGAUGCUAAACAAUGAGCUGGAGAAGAAAAAGAAGAAAAUUAAAUCAAGCAAACAUGAUGGUGAUAGAAGUCAGACUGAAGUGUCGGUGGAUAACCAUACAGAAAACAUCCUGGAUGAUGUUGUGGAGGAGUUCAAGGAGGACACAGUCAAACCCAAAGUGAAGAAGAAAAAGAAACAAAAAGAAGUGAUUGUUGAGGAGGAACAGGCAGAACAGAAACAAGCCUUUGAUGAUAGUCUAGUGCUGGGAGUUUAUAUCCACAGGACAGACAAGCUGAAGACCGAUCUGAUGGUGUCUCACCCUAUGGUCAAAGUUCACGUGGUCGAUGAGGUCAAUGGACAGUAUGUCAAGAAGGAGGACAGCCAUCGCCAUGUUUCAUCCUUCUAUGAGCAAGAAAACAUCGAGCACAUCCUACCCAUCAUAACUCAACCCUUUGACUUCAAGAAAAACAAAAUAACAGUUCCAGAGUGGGAGGAACAGAUCAUCUUCAAUGAGCGCUUCGGAUAUUUCCUACAAGACGAUGAUGAUAGUCCACGUGUGAUACUGUUUUUUGAGAUUCUGGAUUUCAUCAGUAUGGAGGAAGCACGAACAAACAUCUCUGUUGACCAUCAUGAGCGGGGUUUCCGGAAGAUUGCGUGGGCUUUUUUGAAGCUUGUAGGAACCAAUGGUGUCUUGAAUGUUGACACCAAACUGCGUCUACAGCUUUACUGCCCUCCUCCGCGGGCAAAGAAACUGCCUCAAACGGUUGAAGUGUUUCAGUGGUGGUCAAAGUUCCCAAGGAACAAAUAUGCCUCAACCCUCUAUGUCACAGUGAAAGGCCUCAAACCACCUGAACAUGUGGACCCCAGUAUCCGCUCCAUGAUGGCUCUACAGCAGGAGCGGGGCAGUACCUCCUACAGUGAGCUCAAUACUGAGAUGACCAAUAAAACCAGCACCCAGAUACUGGAGAGCAAAUCAGAAACCAUGAAGUGGAGCCGCAUGCCUGGACAGGUGUGUCGCAUCCCGAAUAAGCCAAUGCACUCCUUUCGUGGAGGUCAGAUUGGCUGUUUUACUCUGUGUUUCUCCCAUGAUGGACGUGUGCUAGCAGCUGCAUGUGCAGAUAGAGAUUCAUUUCCUAUCAUUAUAUAUGAGAUUCCAUCUGGGAAAGUUCUGGCAUCCUUUAAUGGCCAUCUGAGUGUGGUGUAUGAUCUCUGCUGGUCCAGAGAUGAUAAAGAUUUGUUAACUGCAUCGUCUGAUGGAACAGUAAGAGUGUGGAAUGUUAAACGACUGCAGAGUCUUGCUCAUAAAACUCUCCCUCACCCUUCAUUUGUGUACUGCGCCCAGUUCCACCCGCAAGCCCAGAGUCUGGUGGUGACGGGGGGCUUCGAUGGAGUGCUGCGGGUGUGGAACGUAGACAUACAAGACGUGAAUGGGCAACUUCUGCAAGAGUUUGAUGGACACAAGACUUUCAUCAAUACGCUGUGUUUUGACCCAGAAGGGAGCAGAAUGUUUUCUGCAGACAAUUCUGGCCUCAUUAUUGUGUGGGGAACCAAGGUAGUGCCUGGGUCUCGCCGUGGACUGACCAGUCAAUGGAGCAUUGAGAGGGAAAUUAAAGAGGCAGAACUGAAUGGAAUAUCCAUCAACUCAUUAGAGGUGCAUCCAAAUGGAAGACGACUUUUAAUUCAUGCCAAAGACAGUGUUUUAAGGGUCAUGGAUUUGAGAAUUCUUGCAGUGAAGAAAUACAUAGGUGCCACCAACUACAGGGAGAGAAUCAACAGCACGUUCACUCCCUGUGGAAGCUUCAUCUUUUCGGGCAGUGAAGAUGGACUGGCCUAUGUGUGGAACUCUGAGACAGGUGACCAGGUCGCCGUUUACUCUGAGCUGUGUUAUUCAUCUGCACUUCGAGCUGUUGCUUUCCACCCUCAUGAAAACAUGGUGGCCUUCUGUUCCUUUGGCCAAAACCAGCUCAUCCAUCUCUAUCUGUACGACCGGAAGGUGGCUCAGAUGGAGGUGGAGAGUUUGAGAGGGUUGAGUCGUUCAGAGAAUCUGGAUAGUAAGACAGGCAGAAAUUCAUCAGAGGUCACGACCUUUCAGAACUCCUCUGCCACCGGCAUGGACCAGUUUGCCAGCACAGCUCGUGUGUCCCUAAAGAUGCAGCGGGUCAAACAGAAACUAGACUCUGUACUGGAGCCCCAUCGUAGUUCCCCUGGUGUGGAUAUGUAUGAACAAGGUGGCAUGUCUCACCUGGGAAGAAGCCUAGAGGGCCUGACCUCAAAUCUUCCUCCAUCUCUACUGUCCCCUCAUUCUAAACUACAGAUGUCCGCAUCACUCAGCUCUCAACUCAUUCCACAGGCAACACUCACCUCACACAACAGUGGUUAUAGUCCCGCUGGGAAGCCCAUUAGAAGAGCUCCAUCCCUCAGACACCAAAAAAGUUUACUGGAUUAUGAAUUCUCUCAACAAGAAGAGACAGACUUUGGGCAAAUCCAUCAGACGGUUGUGUCACUGUAUGAGUACAGAGCCAAUCGAUCGGAUGAGCUGUCGAUACGCCGCGGUGACGUGAUCCACGUGCUGUACAAAGACAAUGAGAGCUGGUGGUUUGGGCGACUGGUCAAUGGGCAAGAGGGAUAUUUCCCAGCAUCCUAUGUGGCUGAAGAAGGGAGUUUUGAUGAGGAGCUUUCAAGAGCUUUAAAAGCACAACCAUCACUGUUAGAUCAAGAUGGAGUUGAGCGUGCAACACCAGUCCAGCUGUCUGCAGCCAUCAGUGCCUCUGGAGAGCUGAAGAUCAUCUCAGAACUGGAUACUGACCCUGAAGCAUCCUCCACCAUAACUAAAAAGAAGAAGAAAAAGCUGAAGCGGAGUGAAGUUCCCUCUCUUCUGCCUAAGGUCCUAUCCUCAGAUCGUGAAAUGUCUUCAGCAUUAUCUAGAAGGAGACCCCUCCCCCGACUAGGCCAGGCCAACGGUGCGUUUGAAGGUGAAGGACCGAACUGACGUGACCCGAUUGGAUUUCUAAGACUUACCUAUGUUAUUAAGGAACAUAUAGAAAGGAAGACAUGAACACAAUAACGUGUUCCCAAAAGUGUUUUUGUUGAUCCAUCUUUUUUAGUUGGCCUUAUUUUAAAAUAUAUAUUUUGUAAUUUUGAUACUGGUAUUUGUAAUAUGUAGUUUUACAGGAUUGUUUUGUAUGGUUUUUAUGUAUAUACUGUGUUUUAUUUUAUUGUUCAUGUCAAAACUAAACAUUUUAUUUAAAUUAAUCUUGAAUGUAACAGCAACAAUUCCAGCAUUAAUCAUAAUGAUCUUUCUAAUAUAAAUAUAUUUUUCACAUUUCACAGAAGGGAAUAAACUAUGGCAUUUAUUUAGCACCAGAGUUUAUGUAUAAAAUUGACUAAAUAUAUUUAUAAAUUUCUGUGUGACAAAUUCAUGCAAGAUUUUACAACUCGCCAGGCAAUUGCACAUAUUGUAAAGUAAAAGUGUAAACAACUUUUGCAGUGUUGCAUGGAUCAAUAUUUAUUGUACAGUUCCAAAGAACCCAAGGAUCUCAUUGCUAUGAAAAUACUGUAAUGCACAUUGUACAAUUUUACAAAAUACAUUUUUACAUUUGUA